GCACAGCCUGAGCUCUGCGUUCUGGGGCUAGAAGAGCUGGGGUUUCAGCAGCCCUGGUCCUGAGGAGGGGGGCCUAGCCCACGCCUGGGGGGCUCCAGCCCUUCCCUGACGCUGAGGCAGCCUGGUACCUGUACCCAUGGCCCUGAGGUGGAUCUCCAGCUCCUUUUGGCCACGGGGAAGGGGGCUCUGGUGGGCAGUCUGCAGCGACUACACGCCCUGCCCAGCAGCCUUUGGCGGCGUGAGGGGAGAAGGUGUGCAGGUGGGGUGCGUCGGCGCUGGCCAGCCCACCGUUGGGGGCAGGGCUGCGGGCGCUAUAAGCGGCCCGGGGCGCCCACCCUCGAAGCGGAGUCUGCGCGAGGCGGAGACGGCGCUGGAACCCAUGGACACGUCGUACCCCCGCGAGGACCCCCGGGCCCCCCGUAAGGCGGACGGCGCCGCGCACACGGCCCUUGCGCUGGGGGCGCCGCGCUCCCCGCCUCGGGACCACCUGAUCUGGUCGGUGUUCAGCACCCUCUACCUGAACCUGUGCUGCCUCGGCUUCCUGGCGCUGGCCUACUCCAUCAAGGCCCGAGACCAGAAAGUGGCUGGAGACUUGGAGGCAGCCCGGCGUUUCGGCUCCAAGGCCAAGUGCUACAACAUCCUGGCCGCGAUGUGGGCGCUGGUGCCGCCGCUGCUGCUCCUGGCACUGGUGGUGACUGGCGCCUUGCACCUGUCCCGGCUGGCCAAGGACUCUGCUGCCUUCUUCAGCACCAAGUUCGACGACUCAGACUAUGACUGACGGGCUGGGCCCUGCCCCAUGUUCUGACCCAGGGCCACCGCCCCCCAGGGUGCCGCCCCGGGGGCUCCACCCUGACCCCACCACAGGGCCUGCUGCCCACUGCCCUGGCCUGGGCACCCUGAAGAUCCCCUUUGGAUCCCAGGGGCUCCGCUCUAACCUUAAUGGCCCUGGUCCCCUCACUCCCUGCCCCGCCCAGGCCCCCCACCCCACUCAGUCCCAGCCUUGGCUCCUGAUUAAAAGUGCCUGGUUC